CUACGCCGACCGGGCCCGCGAGGUGGACUUGCACUUGCCGACCGUUGCCAGCCGCGCAGCGUGGCCGCCGGCGAGCAGACGACGCUGGCAGACGACGCCAGGCACGACGAGGAGCCGAGACGAUUCGAGAUAUCGAAGCAAUCGAAGCGACCCACCGAUGACCCCGGCCGACCCGGGCCAGCGAGCCGCGAGUGCUGCGAGUUUGGAUUUUUGAUUUGGCGGAGGGCAGUGCCAGGGCAGUGCCAGGGCAGUGCAGUGCAGGGCCGGGCGCGGCGCGUGGCGGACGCGUUGACAACAAACACGCCGGGGCAGUCGAGGCAGCCGAGCACCCUCGCCGGCCAGUGCAUCACCAUCGUCACCAGCUUCACCACCACCUUCACCACCAGCUUCACCAGCGCGGGCGCAGUGUCGUGACGAUGGCCUGCCGGGUCCCUGGCGCUGUCAGCUGACAGUGACCCCACAGCGGCCGCAGCUGAGCGGAACGCGCGGACGCCGCACGGGUCUCUUCCUCCUCUAGGCCCUCGAGCGGGAUCGGCCGAAGCCGGGUGGACACUCCGCCUUAGGACACUCCGUCGCAAAAGUGUUGGACGAGGCCGAAGAGAAUGGAGCUGGACAGCGCUCUGGAGCAGCUGGGCCACUGGGGGAAGUUCCAGCUCAUCAGCUAUGGCCUGCUGUGCGUGCCCAUCGUGUUCCACGCCGUGUUCUACCUCACCUACGUGUUCACGGCCAUGGACGUGGAGCACCGGUGCCUCAUCCCGGGCUGCGAGGACCCGCUGCAGACAGAGUUCCGGCCGGCGUGGCUCACUGACGCCGUGGUGCCGUUCGACAACGACCGCCCCGUCGGCUGCUACCGGUACAAGACCGCGCCCGGCGCCGUGCUGCCCGACAACAAGUCGUGCAUCGCCUCCAUGUUCACCGCGGAGGAGGAGGCGUGCACGGAGUGGGUGUACCCCAAGCCGGAGGUGUCCAUCAAGAGCGAGUGGAACAUGACCUGCGACGACAGCGACUGGAAGCUGACGAUGGUGGGCACCAUGAACAACGUGGGCCGCUUCUUCGGCAUGCCCAUCGCCGGCUUCGUGUCGGACCGCUACGGCCGGCGCACCAUCCUGCUGGCCGGGCUGCUGCUGGCCGGCAUCAUGGGCAUGCUGCGCUCGUACGCCCCCAACUACAUCUUCUUCCUCGCCUUCGAGUUCCUCGACCCGCUUUUCAACGCGGGGCUGUACAGCGCCUCCUUCAUCCUGGGCAUGGAGCUGAUGGGCCCGCAGAAGCGCGUGCUGUGGAGCGCCUUCACGCACUCCGUGUACGCCGUGGGCGAGGCCGUGCUGGGCGGCGUGGCCUGGGCGCUGCAGGACUGGCGGUGGAUCCUCAGGGCCUUCUACGGGCCGGCCGUGCUGUCCAUCGCCGUGCUCUGGAUCCUUCCGGAGUCCGUGCGAUGGCUGUGCUCCAAGGGCCGCACCAAGGAGGCGCGCGCCAUCAUCCGCCGCGCCGCCGUCAUGAACAAGAUGCCCACCAAGCAGAUGGACCUGGAGGAGAUGCAGGCCAGCAUCGCGGAGGAGGCCAAGGCCAAGAAAGCGUUCAAGGACGACUACAAAGAGGACACGCCCUCCACGUACUGGGCCCUGAAGGAGACGUUCAAGUCCAAGAUUCUGCUGGUCCGUCUGCUGACGUGCUCCUUCUGCUGGAUGACCAACACGUUCGUGUACUACGGGCUGUCGCUCAACUCGGUGGCCGUGGCGGGCAACCUGUACCUCAACUUCAUGCUGGUGUGCUUGGUGGAGGUGCCGGCCGGGCUCGUCACGUGGCUGCUCAUGGAGCGGGUGGGCCGGCGCGCCUCCAUGUGCUCCUCGCUCGUGCUCACCGGCGUGGCCUGCGUCGCCUUCAUCUUCAUUCCGGACUCUGGCGGACUGGUGUGGGUGCGCAUCGCCACGUACUUGGUGGGCAAGUUCGGCAUCACGGUGUCCUACACUGUGCUGUACGUGCUGACGGCCGAGCUGUUCCCCACCAACGUGCGCCACUCGCUGUUCGCCCUGUGCUCCAUGAUCGGCCGCCUGGGCUCCGUCAUCGCGCCGCAGACCAGGCUCCUCGCGCGCCUCAUGGAGUCCCUGCCCAUGAUCCUGUUCGGCUCCAUGUCGCUGGCCAGCGGGCUGCUGGCGCUCGUGUUCCCGGAGACGCACAACACCAAGCUGCCGGACAACAUCGAGGAGGCCGAGAACAUCGGCAAGCCCGCCAAGAAGGGCGACGCGCCGGCGGCCAACGGCGGCAGCGGCGGCCUGGCGGGCGUGGUGGUGGACGACCUCAAGGGCGGCGACAGGGUCCCCGCGCCCGUCAAGAAGACCUCGGUGGCGGCGAGGCCGACCAGGACCUCGGUGACCGCCAGGAACAAGAAGACGUCCGUGUGCAGCCUCGGCUCCGUGCAGGUCACGGUGCCGGAGAAGAGCAGCUCGCCGACGCCGGCCUCGUCACCCACGAGCCCCACCAGCCCCGAGGCCGCCCCGCCAACCCCCUCGGCCGAGCCCGAGACAGUGACUGUGCACCUGUAAAGAACUUGCCAAUACCUGCAAGCGAAUUAUCGUUGUACAUUCGUGUGAUUUUGACAACGUGGCAGCCAGUUGUCGUUGUGACGCCAUAUGUUUGUUACUCAGCAGCGAACGCCAUGAGUUUAUUUUUUUAAAAAUCAAGUGCUUCCUAGAAGACUCUUGUGUAUUUUUUUUAAGACGGGCCUCUGGAACUGUUUCUAUUACUUACGGCUCACUUACUCAGAAGACGUAACAGUUUUGCGUGAGAGUGUGAGCGCUGGUUGAGUUAACAUUGACAAGCUUUAUUGCCUUCUUUGAGUAUUUAUUGACCAAGCAAUAACCUUCCCAGUCCUCAUUGGACUAAUAUGAUCCAUGUACAUUUGUGGCUUGAAUGUCACUUUGUUUCAAGUGGCAGCCACUGGCACUGAUGUAUUUCACCAUUAUUUCAAACAAUUUUGUAAAGUUUUGCUCAAGUGUCUUGGAUGCUUAUCAUUUUAAUAGAAGUGUUUCUGUGAUUAUUUGAUGAUGCAUCAUCCUGUGUGCAGAUGCAUGAAAGUUUGCAUGAGUGUGAAUGUGACUUCCUCUUCUUUCUGUCGAGUUUUUGAAGAGUAAUUUUUUCCUGUGUGAGUGGAAACUUGGGGCAGGGCAAAAGCCCAAAUCCAAGGUGACAACGUAGGUAUCCUCGAGUGAUUUGUUCUCAGGGAGCCUUUCAUGGGAAGGCCCGGCGGCAUAAGGAACAGUAUUGUUAAUUCUGAUGUUGCUUAUGCGUUUUUGGAUAAUCUUUCUGACAUUCCUGACAUGUAUGUUAUAGAGCUCAGACCCAUGUGAUAUUUGUAUAUUUAUUUUUUUGUCAUGUAAUGAAUCUGCUGUGUGUGUACUUAUGCAUAUUACUAAAAAUAUUUUUUAAUGAAGUUUUAAGCUUGUGUG